AUGACAACAUAUUUCAUUCGCAACUAUAUAGAAAUCUUGAAGGAGUGUGGUGGAAUGAACAUUGAGAAACAGAUGAAGAUUUAUACAAAGAGAGAAGAUAAAUAUGUAGUUCGCAUGGAUAGAACUACACCGCUAUGGGAUGUUAUGAAAACAUUGUGGGAGUGCAAAUAUUUCGAACCUAUUUCUUAUGGAGAACUUUUCACAUAUACGACUGACUUAUAUAAACAGAACCUUGCACCAUUUAAAGAUUUGACAUAUGCUCCAAAGUAUUGUGUACAACUGAAGAAGAAAGCAGAGUCAAAAGAAGUAAAUAAAGCUAAAUGUAAGUUCAUUCCUGAGCAUGUUUUCUUUGCUGACUUUGAGUGUAGCACAGACGGCUUUCAUAAAGCUUUUAACAUCUGUUACGACAGUGAAGAUGGUUCAGUGAGUGAAAGCAUUUGGGGUCAGAACUGUGCAACAGAAUUUUUGGAACGACUUCCUGACAAGAGUUUAAUAUAUUUCCAUAACCUCGGUUAUGAUAUAAACUUCAUCUUAAGACACAUGACAGAAGUGAAAGGAACUCCCAUCAUUAAAGGUUCACGAACAAUGCAAAUAACUGGCUUAUAUAAAGGAAGGGCAAUUAUUAUAAAAGACUCUUACAGUGUUAUAAAUAAGAAGCUUAAACUAUUUCCUGCUAUGUUUAACUUACAAACAGGACCGAAAGAAGUAUUUCCAUACAACUACUACAGCAGUGUUUUGUUAGCAAAUGACAACAGAACUGGUGUCAUUUCUGAAGCAUGUAAGUUUGUCAAGGAUGCAGAUACAUUCAUGAAAAACAU